AUGGAUAAUCCAGACAAAAUAUUCAGAGAGCCGUGGGGAUCGCAGAUCCAGCAGGGAAGGAGUGCCCAAGAAGAAACCAUCCGCAAAACAGAGGCUGCGUGGGCCCGCGCGCAGGAUGCUCUUCCUAAAGCGCAGGAAGCGCUUGAAGAAAUAAGAACUGCUGCUAAAGAAAUAUCCAGAAUAAAAGAAACAAUGGAGGAUGCAAAGGAAGAUAUUGUGCGAAUUGAAGGAUUAACAGAGGAAGUUGAAAAGGAAAUAAGAAUAAAAAGAGAGGCACUUGAUAUACUUGAUAAUAUUGUAGAUAGCAUAAAAAUAUCAAAGGAUGAGAUGCAGGCCUUGGAAGAGCCAAUAUUCACAACUGCGCAAGAAAUAGCUAAAAUAGAAGAGGCUCUACACAAAGUUGAUAAGUGUUUAGGAAUAAAGGAUGAAAGAAUUCUGUCAAUUCGGCUGGUUCAAGAAAGACAGAAGGUAUUCCAGGGAGUGUCUACUAGGUUUGAAAAAAAGACAAGAGAGUUCAUUCUUAAGGUAUGCUUAAGAAAUAAAAAAACACCAACAGAGGUGCAUGAUUUUAUGGGAAGAUACACCGAAAUAAUAAACUACCUGGUAAGAAAAGGUGUAUUUGAAGAGUGCCUGCGCGCAUACACUGCAACUAUAUCCAAGUUGCACCGGGCCUGUAUUCUGAACAAGGUAGAAGAUAUCGCAAAACCAUUCAAAAAAUCCAAAAACAUACUAGAAUUUAACGGAAAGAUAGAGCCUGCUAUCAUAUUGCUAAUACAGCUGAUGUAUUCUCUUGUAGCAACUGAAGAGUACUUUUUGUCAGAGAUAUUUACUAUGAACGGGAGCGGGGCAAACACAAACAUACUUCGAGACAUAUUUAUACCGGCAGAGCAGGAGCUACUUGCGCUGCCUGGCAUUCUGUACAACUAUGGGUAUGAGGUUGGGGUGAUUAAUCUUUUAGCAAGCAAAUUCGAGUGGCCUGCCACUCCUAGCAAUACGCCAUCAGAAAAAACAGCUGCACAUAAAAUAAGUGGGCUAAUUUCACAGAUAAAGAAGAAAGUGCAUGAAUUGAAAGAAACAUACCUUAAAAACAUGAAAAAGAUCAUAUCAAAAGAGUACUCAAAGGAGGGUGCAAUAGAGCUAGACAGAACAUUCUAUAAUACGGUAGAUGUAUCAGUGGUUCCAUCUGUAAAUACUGAAGUGCUAAAGCUAAAUUUAACAUACUCCAGCAAAGUAAGCGCACAAGCAGAAAGAGUUUACCAGGUAGUAAAAAGAGCCUCUAUUCUUGGAUCUAUCCAGGCGCACUGUUUAGAAAAUAAACAGCUGUAUGAAUCCAACGUAAAUUCCCUUUUAGAUGAGGAAAUAGAGAAAACAACGAGCAAUCUGCUAUAUCUCGCAGAGAACAAAGUAUUUGAAAAAGAAAAGCUUUCUAGUAUAGUUAAAAGAACAAAGGAAAUAAUGGACCUAUUAAAUAACGUAGAAGAUCCAUUGGGAAAUAGGCUGCAGGUUGCAUUUAAAGACAUGGUUUUAUCCAAGGCAAAUUUCCACCAAAGAAAUGAUAUAGCUGCAGUUUUAACAGCCAAUAAGAAAGAUAACUGAUCUGUAAAUAAAAGAGUGUGGUGGAUUCAGAAUUAUUAUCUGGAUUUUCCAAUCUCAUUAGGCAGAGUAAUAUUGGCAAAGUGCCUUAACAGGAAGAAUAUACAUAAUAAAGUGCACAUACUCCAA